AGAAAAAGAUUGCGUUAUCGCUGCAAUCUGGUCACAUUUACAGUCGUGUUUUUGGUGUUUUUGUAUGGGAAGAUUUUUGCGAAAAAUAAAUUCAUAAGCUAUUGUAAUUUGUGUUGUCCCUUUGUGAAAUGUGAAAUGGGACGUACACCAGAGAUCGGUAAAUUCUAUCACAGUGUACCACCCAAUAAAAUGACAAACUAUUGCGUUUAGUGUAAGUGCUCCCAUUCGAGUGUAUGUCCAUUGGACUGCAGAGGAAGCGUCUGAUAAGUAGCCAUCUUCUUAUAAGAAUGGCACGGAAAUUCCUGCCAAAUUUAUGUAAAUCCUAAAAACUAUUGCCGUGCAGCGAUAGCAGGGCCGUUCUGGCCGUCCACGAGACCGAGAAACAAUAGAUUUAGCAACACAGCAACAACAACACACCCACAGACAUGUGCAACGCAAAGCUAAUCUAUUGUAAAUAAACUGCGUCUGCGUCCAUUGUGAACGAGCACCUUUUCUCGGUCACGUACGCCGAUUGCGAUUCCUCGAUUCCCGAUUCCCCGAUUUCGUUUCAACCAGCAGCGCGCUUUGCAGGGAAUUCGCGAAAAACCAGGUGUCCCACAACCUCCUGAAAACCAGCCGCCCAGAGCUGCCACACGCCGGAGCUGGAGGAGUGCGCGGGGAGGAGGAGAGCAUCAUCGGCGUCAUAUCCAACGGUUCCAGAUCGAAGCAACCUAGCUGUAAAAGAAGUGUCCGACAACAGGUCGGAAUUGAAAAAGAAAAAUAGAAAAACAGAGACGAAGAUGAAAAUGUCAGAGGUGCCACGCAUCAAGGUCUUCCGACCCACUUGGGAGGAGUUCAAGGACUUCCCCAAGUACGUGGCCUACAUGGAGUCACAGGGUGCCCACAAAGCCGGUCUGGCCAAGGUGGUGCCUCCGCCGGAAUGGGUGCCCCGUCGCAGUGGGUACGCUGAUCUCGAUGCUCUGAAUGUCACGAUUCCGGCGCCCAUUUGCCAGGUGGUUACCGGCAAACAAGGCUACUACCAGCAGAUAAACAUACAGAAAAAGCCACUCACAGUAAAGCAGUUUAGCGAGUUGGCCAGCACCGAGCGUUACGCCACACCCAAACACUUUGACUUUGAGGAUCUGGAGCGCAAGUACUGGAAGAACAUAACUUAUGUGGCGCCCAUUUAUGGGGCAGAUGUCAGCGGAAGCAUCACAGACACCGACCAGGAUAGCUGGAACAUCAACCGGCUGGGCACUAUUCUUGACUAUGUCAACAAGGAUUAUAACAUACAGAUAGACGGCGUGAACACAGCCUACUUGUACUUUGGCAUGUGGAAGACGACCUUUGCAUGGCACACGGAGGACAUGGAUCUCUAUUCCAUCAAUUACUUGCACUUUGGGGCGCCAAAGACGUGGUAUGUGGUGCCGCCGGAAUGUGGUCGCAAACUGGAGAAGGUGGCGAACCAGUACUUUCCGGCCAGUUACAAGAAUUGCAACGCAUAUUUGCGCCACAAGAUGACGUUGAUUUCACCACAGAUUCUCAAGCAACAUGACGUGCCCGUCAGUAAGAUCACGCAGGAGGCGGGCGAGAUCAUGAUCACGUUUCCGUUCGGUUACCAUGCCGGCUUCAAUCACGGUUUCAACUGUGCCGAGUCCACCAACUUUGCCAUGGAGCGCUGGAUCGAGUACGGCAAGCGAGCGGUGCAGUGCACCUGCAGCAACGACAUGGUCAAGAUCUCGAUGGACACAUUUGUCAAGCGCUUCCAAAGCGAUCGCUACGAUCUGUGGAUGGAGGGGCGUGACGUGGGGCGGCAUCCGGAGGAUCCGCCGAACGGGGUGCUCAGUGCAGCACCCCUGCCACCACACCUCGAUGUCUUGCUGUGUGAUAAAAAAAUGAAAAAGCAAUGCAAUCCUACCAAGGCAAAGAGUUUCAAAGAGCGUAAUCCCGAUCUGGACCUGGAUGAAAUCCAGCAGAAUCCCAACGUGCCAGACGACGUCAAGGCCAUGCUGAAGGAGAGCGUGCUGACGCUGGACACGGGCGAUCUGGCCACGGACGAGGCUGAUUUUCCCAACGAGGAUGCCAUGAGUCUACAGAGUCCGGCGAAUCUGAAGACCAAGCAAGAGCUGCUUGAGUACAUUGACGACGGCACAGAAGAUGAUGAUGAGGAGGAGGACUUUAAGCGGCGCAAGCAGAAGCGGCGCUAUGAUGCCGACUAUGACGACGAUUGGCUGGCGUCCAAGCGCAAGAAUAACUCGCGAAACAAUCGCGGCCGUAGUCCGCGCACCAAGGACGACCGUUCCAUAUCGCCGGCGUCCUCCACUUCCUCGACGUCGAGGGGCGCAAGGCGUGGCAAGGCCAACGGCGCCCCCCGAAAGACUCCUGCGCGGCGGAAAAAGGACCCAAGUACUACGCCACCGGCGGUCAGUUCUGCAUCAACUGCCGUAAAAACACCGACAUCCGCCGUGGUCGCUGGAAAAACAUCAAUAGCCACAACCACAACACCACCAGCAGAUGGCGGAGGAGAUGCCAAAAAGGAUCAACAGUCGCUGCAGUUUAUGCAACAAUCGCGUAAAUUUGAGGGCAAGAUACCAAAACUAAGUCAAACGAGUGCAGCAACAGGAGGAGCAACGGCAGCCGCAGAAGCAUCCACAUCCAAGUCUAGUCAAGGGCAGCAGCAACAGAUUGUCUACGUCAACAUGUUGCCCGCGGCCAAUACCCUGAAUGGCAUUCCACAGCAGCAGCAGCAGCAAUAUGCGAGCACGGAUGGAAAUGUCUAUCAGCUGCAAAAUGAAAUACUCUGUGAUGCAAAUGGACAUGCCGUGACUGCCGCCACGGCUUCAUAUCAAACUACGGCCAGUAGUCCGCAGCAGCAGCAGCAACAACAGCAGCAGCAACAGAAUGUUGCAACUAGUGUUGCCGACAAUGUGGUCACAACUAUUAGUUCGUCCUCCAUCCUGCAUACGAACGCCAACACCAACGGAGUGGAUACAAUUGCCGCCACACAGCAACAACAACAACAGCAGCAGCAGCAACAACAGCAACAGCACUACCACUAUAUCACCACCACCGGCGAAGAUGGACAAACCCCGACCACCAUAGUGUUCGAGAACUACAACGGCGGAAUGCCAGCGGUCAGUUCUGCCGCACCAACGCCCGUUCCCGUGUCGCAGGCCAACGCACCCGCUACCACGACCACCACUGCCCUGGUCAACACGGACGGCACGAUCAUCGAAUUCGACGGAAGCACGUACGAGGAGUAUCAUGUCCUCAAAAGCGAGCCCGGCAGCAGCGAUUGCCUGAGCAACGGCAGCAGUGCCGUGGCCGCUGACAUAAUCAAGUACGAUCCCCAGCACGGAGUCGUCGGCGACGAGGAGGACGACGAUGAGAACGGCCUGCUGCAUGUGAAGUACGAGGAGCAGAGCCUCGAACACGAUCCGGAAAACGAGCACGAUGCGGAGCAGGAGCAUGAGUAUGAGGAGUACCAGGUGAUCAAGGCCGAGGUGGAGGCCGAGGCGGCGGAGUUGGCAGCUGGCACCACCAGCUACACGAUCAACCAGGAGCAGACGGGUUCAGGCAACACGGUGAUAUCCUCAAUGGUGCCCAAAUCGGGAUCGGCGGCGGCCGCGAAGCAGAAGCGCAAACGCAAGACGCGCGUAAUCGCCGACGACGAACAGGGCGAGUACCUGGAGAAGAUGAGUGUACGUGGCCUGGACAUUGCCCGCUACGAGCAUAUCAUCGACGGCGUGGCCUACUGCCUGGUCUGCGCCAAGAACGAUAUCUUCAAGACCUUUAAGAACAAGUACAGCUUCCAGCGACACGCCUACCUCUUUCACGAGGGCCAAAACCGCAAGAUAUUCGCCUGCCCCAUCUGCAAUAAGGAGUUCUCGCGUCCGGACAAGAUGAAGAUGCAUAAAAAGGACAAGCACGGCGACGUUCCCAUGCCGCCAUCGGCCACCACGACGCCGCUGAAGGCUGACGGUCCGCCGGCUAAGCGGGCGCGUACCGCUCGCACUCCGCGCGUCCGCAAGACGAAGGAUGGCAGUACGCCGGCCAAGAAGCGGCUGGCGCAGAUCGACAGUGUUCUGGACGACGUGCAAAAUGGGGAGUCUCUGACCAUGGCGCCAGUCAGCGUGAGUCACUCCCAGCAGCAGCAGCAGCAGCAACAGAUGCAGCACAGCAUCACAACGCUGGCUCCCUCGACGCCAUCGCAACCGCAACAUCAGCUGCAGACGCUGCCCUCGCUAGACUUCAGCGGCAUGAUCCUGCCUGGAGGCGCACAGCUGGCACUGGCUAAUCCAGGCGCCACCAGCUCCGUGGGACUGCAGCGAGGACCAGCCACGCCGAAUGGUCAGCCGGCGGCGCCCACCACCACGUUGAUCUACUCGAACCAACUGGAACUGCAGCAGGCGCUGCUGCAACAGCAGCUGCACGGCCAGAGUAUCAUGAUCCAGGAUCAAGCCGGCAACCUGGUGCCCCUGCAGCUGGACGGAACCCAGGCGAUAUACACGACGGCGCCGCAGGCUCAGCGCCAACAGACCACGGCCACAUAUCAGACGACGCAGCAGCAGCAACAACAGCCAGCGCAGCAGCCCGCCGGCCAGGCGCAACAGCAGCCUCACUACGAGCUGGACAACGUUACCUAUUUGAGCUCCACGGCGGCGGCCACUCCGACGUCGACCGAGCAGCAGCAGCAGCAACAACAGCAGCAGCAGCACGUGAUCGGCACGGUUCAGAGCUAUCAGAUCCUGACGCCCGACGGCCUCCAGAACUUCCAACCCAAGCUGGAGACGGCCGAGCUGGGCGACCUGUGUCCCUACUCGCAGUACACCUUCACGACGCACGCCGGAGCGCAGCCCACGCUGAAUGCGAACGCGCUGGACGCGCAGACCCAGCACCAGCAGCACCACCAGCAGCAGCAGCACCACCACCAGCAGCAGCAGCAUCACCAGCAGACGCAACUACUGCAGCAACAGCCCUUCGCCACGCAUCACAAUCCGCACCAGCAGUUCAUGGAGCUGAAGAACGAGCUGCUGAUUAAGGGCGGCGACGCCUACACCCUGGACACUGCCUCCAUGUACCACCUGCCCUUCUCGCCCACCUCGAUGAUCAAUGCGGUGAACGAUGUGAACACCUCGUCGCUGCUGGAAACCAAAGAAAUUAGCAGCAACAGCAGCGGCGGCAACAGCAGCAGCGGAGCCACUAGCAACAAUGCAUCCACCGUGGUGAGCAGCAGUGCGAGCAAUGGCCUCAAGCCGGCGGCCAAGAAGACACCAGUCAUUCUGCUGGCCGCUCGUGGUGCCGCAAAGCAGCCGCAGCUCAGCAUUCUUAAUGGCAACACCAAGGCCGGAAUCGGAAAUGCAAGCGGAGGCGGCGGCGGCGGCGUUACAUUGGUGCGCGUCAAUGCAACCAAUCGCAAUCAGCGCCAAGUUAUCGUCGCCCCGGAAGCAGCACCUGUGGAACAACAGCCAGUGGUCGAGGAGGAGAUGUUGGCCGAGGACGAAGAGCUCGACGAGGACAUGGAUGAGGAUGCAGUUGCCUUGUCCGGGCUCUCCUCCUCGACUGCCCAGAUCCUGCGAAAGUUCCGCAUACCCAAGGGGACGGCCGUGACGGCCAAGUCGGGGGAGAACUACCUGGCCAUGCCCACGCCCACACCCUCGCCGCCGGGUGUCGUCAAUUUGGUUAGCUCCGGCGUUGAGGCUUCCGGCUACAUAGAAAACGACGAAGACAUCAUCGAGGAGCUCAACGAGGACGACCUGGUCGAGGAGAUCAUCGACGAGGAGCCCAGCCAGGAGCAGCCGGAGUUGCAAGAGGCGACGACCGCCAAUGGCCUCGAUCUGAGCAGCACGAACAAUGCGACCGCCACAACGACUGGCACCGCCAUGCUGCUGGCCCCACAACCGCCUCCGCUUCAGCUGCAGACGGUGGCCUCCAACGGCACCGUGACCUGCUUCAACCUGCCGGCCAACACCAUCCUGCUGCAGUCGGCCGAUGGCAGCAUAAUCGCCGCCACCCAGGUGCCGCAUCCCAGCAAGGCGGGUCAGCAGCAGCUGAUUGCGUUGCCGGGCAACGUGGCCCUGGCCACCGAACAGGCGUCGCAGGCUCAGGCCACAACGGCGCCACAGGCCACGCAGACCCUGAUCCUGACCGCCGACGGCACGGCCAUUCCCAUCCUGGCCACAACUCCCCAACAGCAGCAGCAGCAACAGCAGCAGCAGCAACAACAGCAACAGGCUGCCGCUGCUGCUGCUGCUCAGUUGUUCGCCGCGUAGGGGCUAAUGGGUGGCCAAAUGGGUCGAUUUUUGAACAGUGCCACCAUAAUGCCGACCACAUACUUCUUUUAGAAAUCUCAAAACUGUUCCGCGCAGAUUCGGUUGCCCAUGGCGCAAAGCUGGGGAACGCAGCUCUGUGCCGUCGGCAACGUUCAAAUGUUUUUAGGGUUUUAGAAUACUUCAAAAAUCGUCACAUUUGGCCACCAAAAUGCGGGGAGAAAUGCAGCAGGAGCGUUUGCUGUAAAGAAACGAAUGAAAUGGAAGGAAUAUUAACUCAAACAUAAGCCAAGCUAACUCAUUGAUAUUACCACACUGUUGGAUGUGCAUACGAAAUUUAUUUUUUUACUCAAAAACCAAAUGCCUACAAGAAUAUAAAUCAAAUGUUGUUCAACACACAGAAAAGCACACACACGCGAAUGGAUUUGAGGCGGAAUCAAAUGCAUUCGGUUCACGGCAAACUUAAGAGCAUCGUAAAUUAAAAUAAUUUCUACGCCUAAGCUAAAUUUUAAAUGUUUAAGUGAAAAACACGAGACACACACCCCAAACCAGUUGUAACUAUUUAACCUGCCUACAGUGCGGGCAGAAUAUGUUUAGCGUAAUUUAGUUUUGCGAGAACGUUUCCGUUUCGAUGAAAAGGAUAGCUCACUUUUGUAACUAUCGGGAGCGUUCUCAAGAAAUAUACUUAUAAAUAUAAUUUGUUCCUUGCAUAAUGAGAGAUAGACAGCUAGAGCGACUAUGCAACGUAUUUCAUGUAGUAUUUAUUCGAUAAGUUCUCGAUCUAUUUAUUUAUUUUUGUUAACUAUUCCCAUUCGUAUAACCCGCCACCUUUGUCAUUACACUUUCUUUUGCCAUGUUGUAUAUUCUUUACGUAUAUAUAUAUAAAUAUAUAUUAUAUAUUUUAUUUGCAAUCUUGUUAUGCCAUUCGUACACAAAUAGGAAUCCAAGCAUAGCACCGACCCAUACUUUAGACUAAAGUAUUUUUUUAACCCGUUCUUGCGAAACCAACGGCCCAAGAAUGCAGAUACCACACACACAUUAGGCUAAGCGAAACCAGGUUAAGAUACUUUAAGAUGAGAUACUUUAACCGAUGGAAGACAAUGAUUUAAAAUAGCUUGUAGUACGUACUCUAAGACAAAUAAGCAAAACUGAGUUGCACUUCUGUAAGAUAUACUGUAACUAAUAACGAAGCGGAAAAGCUACAAAUAAAGCAACUCGAGUAGCCUACAUAAUGUAUAAUACAAAUUCUAAAGCUAAUAUUUACGUAUACAUAUAUAUAUAUUUAUUAUAAACAAUAAAAAUACAAUUUUAAAAAUUUAAAGCAAUAAAUCAUUACGCAUUCAUUUA